GGUUUCUGCGUCAAACAUGUAUUUGCAAAAUUUGCAUUCGAUAAAACAUCAUAACAUCAUUGUCCAUUUUGGACGAUUUUAAAAUGAGCGUUUUCCUGAUUGUUCCAAAUUUUCCCUUUUUAUGCAAUAGCAUAAUUUCAGGGGAAACGAGAUUUUGAAUGAUAAUAUGGAAUUUUUGACUGGACUCCAUGCAUUCAUCAUUGGUGUAUUUCCUUAUCCGGGACCCACAGGCAAUCACCCCAUUGGCUGUUUGCAUCACAUGAACAGCUAACUUUAUACACUUGACAGCAAGUAGGAGGGUUUUAUGGAACAGAAAAACGACAACGCGAGAAAAAUUAGUAUUUUGCACUUCAGAAAUUAAUGACCAUGAGUUCGUUUUUGAUAAACUCCAACUACGUUGAGCCAAAAUUUCCACCUUGUGAGGAAUAUUCUCAAAAUAACUACAUACCAAGCCAAUCUCCUGAAUACUACGAGCGGCCGCGAGACCCUGGAUUCCAUCAUGAGGCACUAUACCCACAAUCAAACUACCCAGAGCCGACCUACAGCUUCAACAAUGUCCAAGGCACUGGCAACCAAGACAUGUCGCAAAGGGGUCAUGUGCAGUCGCAGGCUAGCCUCCAAAAUCACAUACCGAGACAGAAUCAGCUUUGUGAAGUGGUCCCAGUAGCCACACCAGCUUUGUGUAGCCAGAACGCGAAAAAUCCCAGUGCCCAGAAAGGUACUCUCAGCAAAGAACCCAUAGUUUACCCGUGGAUGAAGAAAAUUCACGUUACAACCGUGAACCCAAAUUACACUGGAGGAGAGCCCAAACGGUCUCGAACUGCUUACACGAGACAACAAGUAUUAGAGCUGGAAAAGGAGUUCCAUUUUAACCGUUACCUAACCAGGCGUCGACGCAUUGAGAUUGCACACACUCUUUGCCUGUCUGAACGCCAGGUGAAGAUCUGGUUUCAGAACAGAAGGAUGAAAUGGAAGAAAGAUCAUAAACUGCCUAACACUAAGAUGCGUUCUGCUAGCUCAUCAUCUUCUACAAGCCAGCAAACACAAGUAUCCUCCCAGGGCCCACAGCCAGAUGGUUCAGCACCAAAUUCAUCAAGUCUAUAGCUGCUUCGUCUCUCCAACCCCUCUCCCACAACAUAGUUUGGACCAAAAUGUGUUUGCCACAUUACUGACUUGAAUGAGGUGGGAUUUCUUGCAGCGAUAUUUUUCCAGGGUAGGUGCUGUUAACCCCAAAAGGGACAAGCAUUACUGUUCUGUUAACCCAUUCCCUGCAGACUUUUAAAGUGUUUUCUGUUUGAUAGGAUACGUUCGGUAUCCUUCAUUACCUCCACAUGAACUGAUAUAAGGUUCUGUCAAAGUGGCUUCUUCCAUGAUAUUCAAAGCAAAAAGAAAAAAAAGGACAGUGAAUAAUAGAUAUUGUGAGGAACUGUAAGCGUCAUAAUCACAACUAGUGUAGUCUGUUGGAAUAUUUGUGAGAAUUUAAGAAUAAAUCUGUUUUAGAAAAUGAGAAAGGCAGCAAUAUGUGUGGAUGUGGAACCUGGUUUUAGAGCAAAUAAACUGUCCAGAUGCUACAUAUAUAGGAAAUAAAUUAUGUCGCCAGCGCUAUUUAAGGUGUUUUUAUUUUAAACCUGUAUUCUCUAUAUAGUCGUGUUACUGAUAUCACGAAUGUGCAAGGAUCUUAUACAGAGAUUUCAAAUGAGUGGUUGUAUAUUUAACAAUUUUGGUACAGUCCAAACUGUGACGAAACCAUACAAAUCAUUGGUAAGAUUUGUGUAUUUUUCUGUGGAUAUUUCAGUGUGCUAUGUGCAGUGCCAAAUGUUGCUAAAACGAAAGACAAAAAUUGCAGUGUAAAAUCAAGCCACAGGCUUUAAAUAAAAUGUUAAUUCGUGGACCAGCUCAGCUUUUAUGUGUACAAAUUACUUCCAGUCAGGAUUUAGCGAACGCAGAGCGAAUUAUUUUCUCGAAUCCAUAAUGGGACUAUGCGUUUAACAGAUUUACUUUCAGUACAUUUUUGCUCACAUUCUUAUUUUCAAAAUAAAACCUUUUAACUCCUCCCCCCAGGUCCCUCAACAACCUCUCCCGCUGCCCCCACUCCCUCCCCCUUCACAUUCACACGCAGCAAAAUAUUUUGCGUGGUUCUGAAGAAUAACUGGGCGAAAGAGGAUAAAUUACUACAUGGAUCUACAAUUCAUCUUUCUACAGCCUCUCCACAUCAAGUUCUACGUCACCGAGUCGUAAAUAAUGCAGUAAAAUGUGAAGCUAUCAAAUAAUAAGUCAUCGAUAAGGUGGUAAACCCAUUUUUUUAUGGCCAUAGACUCAACAUUUCUGAUCCCGAAAUAAAAUGUAAUUAUGUGGGAUUAUUUUUAAUUUCACUUUGCAUUCUGUUGUGCUUUCUCAUGCAUUACAUAAUGGAAUGUGGCAACUGCAUUUUAAAUAUAAAAAUGCAAUCAUUGUUUGCUUUAUUACACUUAAUAAUGGCUGAUAAACUAUAAAUUGCAAGACUAAAUAUUCCAAUAUAUACUUUGACUUCAUUUUGUUAAUCUUAGGGGAAGGGCGUUGAACAAUUAAGCAAGAGUUACUACACAGAACAUAAAAUUGUAACUCGUGACUUUCGUGACUUCAAACAUUAUGAAGGAUGAUAGUUCUAUUAUGAUCUAUUUUAUUGAUUGCUAAAAGACAGCACAAGCAUCAGACUUCCUAGGGAAAUGAAACAGCACAUUGGAGGUUUUAUCGUGUAAGAAGCAAUGGACUUCUUCAAAAACAUAUUAUUGAUUUUGAUACAUCUGUAUGACCCAGCAACAUUUAAUGCUCACAGCAGAAAAAUUCGUUCAUGUCUAUCUUUUUCCUCUUGGAAAUUUUUAGCAUAGUAAAUACAAACAUAGAAUUGAGAAGAACACACUACGAUAGCGGCGGGGAAAAUAUACAUAUUGGCUACAUUUUCUUCUAAAACUUGUUUAAAACUGAAGUACACUAUAAUAAACCAAAAUUUUUCACAAAAAUGUUUUGUCAACUUUCGAUAGGGAGUAUACGAAAAUCGACUCCGUUUCCAUAUCUCCUUUAGAAAAAAGAAUAUAUUUUGCUACCCAGAAUUGUUGCGCUUUUACAAAUGACAAACAAAAACUGCUCACAUUAUCAGACACAGACGGUUUUAAAUAUGUUUUGUAUUGCGGUUUAAGAGGACUGCAAAAGUAUAUAGAAAGACAAAGAAUCGCACGAUGAGAAACUUCACCCCCAUUAGGCAGUCGUGCUUGCUUAUCUGUAAAAGGAAUUUUAAACAGAUUGAAAAUACCAGAUUUUGCUCGGAAUCAUUAAUCACCUCAUUCAAUAAAUACUUCUUUGUAUACUUCAACAGCAAGUCUGAAGGGCGUUCUUUUGGAAAAGUGUGUGGACACAUUGGAUUCUCCUGAAUAAAAUGUGGCCAUCUCGACGAACACCAUUUUUCCCCACUUGGAGCAGUCCUGGAGUCUCUUGCUGGACCAUUUUUAUUACCACAGAAAAUUAUACGUACGUUAUCUGAAGUAAAGGGUAAUUAUUACCUUCAAGCCUGUUUUGGAAAGGGCAAGUUUACUAAAACUUACCCUUUAUAUGGCAAAACUUUAGCUGUGUUCAGCAAAUGAAAACCCUUUUGCAUCUUUACUUCCUUUCUCUUUGAUGUUUGUAGUUUAUUGUAAAUCGAACGGUCUUUUGUAAUAAAAAGUUGCAUUGUUUGUCAACGGCUGGGCAACCAGAGUGAGUUCACCGAGAGGACAGAUUUUCUGACCGAUUAGCCGCUUUUAGCGGUGCAGACUGACCCCUCAAACCCUUGACCUUUAAAAAAGGUCUCUUUCUACCAUUUCCUACGCCUACAGAUAGGGGUUAAAAAUGUACCUUGUUUAAAACAAAACUUACAAAAAUAUCCAAAUAACAUA